GCAGUCAGAAACGUCCGGUGGAGUUUCGACAUCUCAUAAGGUUCCGGUUCUGUGGAAAUGGCCUCGUCUAUUCACCUAGCUACAAAUGCCAAAUGAGCUGUUAUUUGUCGGACUCGGCCGAGAGAAGAUAGCCCCUGCCUGAGGCCACCUAUCUGGAAGUUUGUUACGGUAAUUAGAGGAGUGAUUAGGCAGUAAACAAUGCAACAUUUGCCGUGGCCAGAGCCGCUGUCACCAGCACAACUGAAGCGGCUGGAGGAGCAUAAAUACAGCGCCUCUGGUCGGUCUCUGUUUGAGCCGCCGUGUCAGAUCUACUGGAACUGGCUCGUCCAGCAAAUCCCGACAUGGGUCGCACCAAACACCCUGACUAUUGUGGGACUGAUGAUCAACAUCCUCACCACGGUGGUGCUCGUGUAUUAUUGUCCCACGGCAACAGAGGAGGCUCCAGCAUGGGCCUUCAUAUUGAGCGCUCUGGGCCUGUUCAUCUACCAGUCGCUGGACGCCAUUGAUGGGAAGCAGGCCAGGAGGACAAACAGCAGCUCAGCUCUGGGGGAGCUCUUUGACCACGGCUGCGACGCUGUCUCUACAGUCUUUGUUGCUGUGGGAACAUGCAUUUCAUGUGGAAUAGGAAGAUACCCAGACUGGAUUUUCUUCUGUGGUUUUAUCGGGAUGUUCAUGUUCUUCUGCGCCCACUGGCAGACCUACGUGUCCGGGACCCUCCGCUUUGGCCUGAUUGACGUCACAGAGGUGCAGUUCGCCAUCAUUGCCAUGUACUUGAUGUCGGCCUUCGGAGGUGUGAGCCUUUGGCAAAGCACGUUGCCCGUCAUCGGACUGAAGCUGUACAUCUUCCCCAUCAUUGGCAUCAUCAGCGGCGCCCUCUACUCCUGCUACAACUACUUCCACGUCAUUUUGAAUGGAGGUGUCGGCAAAAACGGCUCAACUGUGGCUGACACCAGCGUGCUGACUCCUGGUUUCCACAUCGGCCUCAUCCUCACGCUGGCCUUCAUCAUCUUCAAGAAGUCGUCCAGCCAGCUGUUCGAGCACCACCCCUGUCUCUACGUGCUUGCCUUCGGCAUGGUCAUCUCCAAGAUCUCCAACAAGCUAGUGGUCGCACACAUGACCAAGAGUGAGUUGUACCUCCCGGACACAGCCUUCGUCGGCCCCGGCCUCCUCUUCCUCAACCAAUACUUCAACAGCUUCAUCGAUGAGCACAUAGUCCUCUGGAUCGCCAUGGUCUUCUCUCUAUGUGAUCUAGCGCGCUACUGUACGGGCGUGUGCCUCCAGAUCGCCUCCCACCUGCGCAUCCAAGUCUUCAGCAUCACGCCGCCGAGCAACGGCCACCGCGACUGACGGCAUGCCUGGCGGGAGGAGGCGGGGGGAGACAAGGACCUCUCCCCGCUCCUGAAAGCAGACGAUGACGAGGAGGGACCCUCUUCAACCCCGAGCCACUGCAGCCUUGACAAAGUGACCACUUCUGAUUAAAACUGCCUCUGCCACAGGAUGGAAAAAAACAAAAAACAACUCAACACUACAAAACCAAAAAAUAGGAAAAAAAAGUCUUGAAAAGCAUGGAUCUAUUGAAUGGAAAAUUACACGGAGUUUCCCUUGAAUUCCUCAUUGGCUGUUGUAGCCAAUACGUUUUAAUUUAGACAUCAUGCAUGUUGUCAGAUAAUAAAGUUUAGAUUUUUACAUCUACUUUAUGCUUAGUCAACUCAAAUACCAAAAUGUUUUCUUUAACAGGUUCUUUUAUAGUUUGGGCAAAUAUCAAAACAUUUGAUCUGCUUUAAAUUUAAUUUGGGAUUGUCGUAUAUGUAAGACUCAUAAAUACACGACAAUAAAUAAAGUAAAUCUCUUUGAUAUUUGACCAAACUAAAUGGAUUACCUAUUGAAAGUUUUUUUUUUUUAAUCAUUUGUUUUUAUUUAUGAAAUGAAUGUGACUCAAUCGGACGUGAAUCAGGGCUUGAUCAAAUUUUUUAAAUGACCUUUAAAACCUCAAAUAAUUUCCAAUGAAGUUUUGCAAUGUGGACUGGCAGGUUUGUCAACGUGACGGGGUGACGGUCGGUGUUAGUGCUGAAAACGACGACAGGUUUUCUAUCAGGCUUCUCUCACAUACACCUUUCUAUUAAUAUUUUUAUUCUCUGUUCAUUCAUCUCAUCCUGGAAAAUAAAAAAAAACAUCUCAACUCCGGCCUUUUAGAGCGCCGUCGACUGAUGAAGCAUUAACACACGACUCGUUCUGCUUUCUCUGUUCUUCUCCCUGAAGGGCUAAUAGUUAAUUAUAUGUGAUUGUACAGAAUUCAACUGAAAACGCCUUAAAUAUUUUUGUUGUAAUUACUGUUUAACUUGUGAAUAUUUAAAACGGCUUUGUACUUUUUUUUUUUUCCACUAAAGUAUCAUACCAGAUGCAACAAUAGUAAUAAUACAAUCCUACUGGACCUGUUCACUCAUAACGUUUCUUCACUUACACAAAUGUAUAUUGUGUAUAGGUGAGUGAUUCAUUUGGUUGAUUUUUGAUUGAAUAUUACUCAAUUGUUGUAAUCUGACUGACUCAUUAUUCAGGUUCAUUUGGUUCAAAAGGGAUAUUUCUGUAGUGCCGGUAAACUAUAUGAGGGUAAAAGACAAUUCUUGAAUUUUAUUUGAAAAAAUAAAAUCCUCUCAGAUUCUGCUUCUGCAGGAUCAUGGACAUUAUAAAGGAGCAUGUCCUAAAAAGAUGAUGAUUUUGCAUAAAUUACGACGGACUUUGGAACUAUGCAUUGAAAUGUACAACUUUGAUUUCAACACUAUGUUGCACUGUUCAAUAAUACAGUAAAACACCUUUCUACUAACAGGUACUGUGUGAGUGGAAAAGAUUGUAAUAAAGAAAAUAUUUUUCA